AUGUGGGACAUUACAGAGCCUUUCAAGUCCUCUCAGACUGAUGAAGCAGUAGAAGGUGAGGAUGCCUUGAUGUAUCUGACAAGGCGUCGCAAGGGGCUGGCAGUGAAUGCGUGUGCCCAUGCCGUCUUCUUCUGCAAACUUCUCCAUGGCCUCAGGCAGAGUGGGACUGAGACGGGUUUGCCGACUUCCUCUGGGGGAAGCCACGGCCUGAAGGUUGGGAUUAUCGGCAGGGGCCACCUUGGGAAGCAGCUGGCCCGAGCACUCCUGACGCUGAGCUGGGCUCCGUGCCCCAGUAUCCCUGUUUCCACCAGAUGCCCUGAGAGCCUGGCAGACCUGCAGAAGCAGUGGCUUGCAUGAUUGUACAACGUUCAGCUGGUGGCCUGGGCAGACGUUGCAUUCCUCUGCUGCCUCCCAUCACAUGUGCUGUCCGCCUGCUCCAUCGUUCAGCCUGCCAUCCAGAAACCCUGCAUUGUGUACAGCCUCGUCACCACCGUCCCUCUCCUCAGGUUGAAGCAACUCCUUUGCUGCAGUGCCAUGGUGAGGCCAUGGUACCAGUGCUCUUUGGAGCCUAUCGAUGAGUGGGGGGCGAAGGGGACGGUCCCAGGGGUGCGGCGAGAGCCUGCUGCUGUGCAGGCAUCGUGCCCCUGCCGUUCCCGGGGGAAAACAAGAGUCAAUGCUGUAUGGCUGGUGGCCAUUUUCUACACAGCCCUGAACAGCAGCACGUGGCAGAGCCUGCCUCACCAGAAGGUGCUGGAAUUACUCGAUGACCUCUGUUUUCCUCCACGUUGCCCCAUCUGUGCAGAGCAGAAAACUUCCUGCCCACGGUUUGUGUGAAGAGGUUUUGCCUCUUCAGUGACUCAAGAGUAAACCAUCCCCUGGUUUGACCUGACAGCUGCACAACUGAGAGAGUCUCCCUUCAGCCAGCUGCUAGAAAAGAGUGAGCUUCUUGUCCAGUGCCACCUUGCUCUGCUAUACCAGCCAUCCUUGGGAGACUGGCCUACAAAGCAAUGUGGGCUGAUCAGCACCAAGACAUCUCUUACUUCAGCUGUAGUGGAGCCUGGAGUGACGUUGGAUGACGAGUCUCCAUUCUCCGCAGCUGCUUCCAACAUUUUCUCAGAAACUCCAGGGGAAACUCCUGACUAUGAUACUAAAUCCUCGUAA